AUGCCACCUCUCCAGAAAUCCGCCAAGGCAGCGGACGAUGCCACACGUCUUAUCACAGACAUCUUCGCCAUCAACAGCCACUCAAACACAACCAACGACAGAACGAUUGAAUCUUUCUUCCAGUCCAUGUCUGUGCCUGAGACUGAGCUCGACACUCGGCGUGUGUGUGAGAGUGCUGCCCGUCACUUUGCGCAGGUAUCGUACUUUCCUGUGCACUCGGACGAACUGACUCUCAUGACCACCGACGAGGCAUUUGCCCACACGUGCCUACUACACAGUGUCGUGCAGAAGUUAGAGCAGAAUGCCAUAGAUUCUUUCGUGUGGUGGGGGUCGCUGUUGGGCUCAUACCGUCACCACGGUCCCAUUCCGUGGCAUCUGGACAACGACCUUCUGGUGGAUGAUAAACACCGAGAGAAGGUGGUGCAGGUGCUACACAAAUGGCGUCACGAUGACUUUGGAUCGUUUCUGUGGAAGUGGCACAGUGGCCGCGAAGGGGUCAACAUCAAGGUGUGUGCACCUGCCCUACAAAAACAGGACAGGACACGGGACAGGCGUGUCCUGUACGGCCCACAAUUUAGGGUUCAAGGUUCGAUAUUUUAG